AUGCAUAAAAAGAUAAGGCUCAUAUGCAAACUAGCAUUAUAUGCUAAAAGAAAGUCCCAUGUACUUUAUUUGUCAAGAAGAAAUAUCACAUUUGCUACUUUUAAAAAUGAGUUAAAUGACAUAUGUGAUAGCAUUUUAAAACAAAAUGUUAUUCAUAGUAACCUUCUUCAAAUAAAGAAGAAAAGGUUAUAUUUAUCCUUCCCUUAUCAUUCACAUAGAGAAAAAAAAAAUGACAUACUUAUAAACGAUAGUGCUUAUGAAGAUAACGAGUGUAUUUAUGUUAAGGGGGAAAAAAGUAUAUAUAUUAACUUGAAAGAGACCAUAAAUAGGAAAACAAAAAAAUUAGAAGGUAUAAAUGAAAAUUAUAGCGUUGAUAACUAUAUGGAUAUUAAUAAGGAUCAUAUUAAUUGUAAUAAUAAUGCGCAAAAUUCUGAAAAUUAUAUCAAAGAAGAAAAGAAAAAUGGUUCUUUUGAAGAUAUUUGUCAUAAUAUAAUAACAAAUAAUACACAAAUAAAUGUCGAUCAAAUUGAUAGUAUUACACAUAAUAAUAAAGAUAAUUAUUUUUUUAAAGAAAUGGUUGAAGGGAAUAGCGAAAAUGACACAAUAAAUAGUAACGAAUCAAAGAUAACCUUUGAGUGUAACAAGAUAAAAGAAAAAAAAAAUGAAGCACUAAUGAAAUUUUUAACAGAAGAAAAUGAUAAUAUUAUGAUACGAAAUGAAAAACGUUUUUGUGAUUUUUUAUGGGUAACUACAAAAUCUGGAAAAGGAGGCAAUCCAAAUUAUAAAAAACAAAGAAGCAAAAAACUUAAAGGGGAAGGAUAUGGAGGACAUGGUGGAAAUGUUAUAUUAAAAAGUAAAAAAAGUAUAUAUGACUUAAUUAAAAUAGAACAAAAAGUUAAAGCAAAUAAUGGUGAAGAUUUUAAAGAAAAUAGUAGAGGAAAAGAUGGGAAAGACAAAAUUAUUUUUGUUCCUGUAGGUACUAUUGUAAGAAAAAGAAUUUCGUGCAAACUAAAAAAUGAAAAUAAUAGAAGAAUAUAUAAAAGUAUAUUCUGGUAUCAAUUUUUAAAUGAAAAUGAAGAAUUAUUAGUUGCCAGAGGUGGCAAAGGAGGUAUUUCUUAUUCUCAUUUUAAAAAACAUGAUUAUAGGUUACCAGAAAAAAGUGAAACCACAUUAUUAGAAUUAGAAUUAAGAUUAUUAAAUGAUGUAGCAUUCAUUGGUAUAGAAAAUAGUGGAAAAACAUCCUUAUGUAGUAGUUUAAGUAAAUAUUUAGGAAAUAUAAAUAGUAAUAUAUUUACUACUACAAUUCCACAUAUAUCAAAUAUUAAUUAUGUAGAUGGAGUUGAAAUAACCUUAUUAGAUACUCCCUAUUUAUUUUUUAAUGCACAUAAAGAUAAAAACAAAGGCAAACGAAUAUUACGACAUUUAUACAGAAGCAAAUUGAUAGUAUAUGUUAUUGAUGUUUCAAAUGAUAAAUUAAAAAAUGUGGACGAUUUACAAAUACAAGAUUAUUACACAAGAAAUGAAGCAAAUCAAAAAGGAUAUAAUGAAAAUAUAAAUAUUACUAAUAGCUUUUAUGAUAUAAAAAAUUCUAACAUUAAUACUAUAAACAGUGAUGUUCCUAAUAAUUUGAAUAACCUUAAUAAUAAAAAUAAUGAGAAUUCAGAUAUUUUAAAUAUUAAUAAAAAUGAAAAAAACGAUAUAUCUAUAACUAAUAUACAAAAUAAUAAUGAAGAAAAUUUAAAGGAUUAUUAUAAUGAUACCAUUAAACAAAUUAAAAUGUUACGUAAUGAAUUAUUCUUAUACAAUCCAGAAUAUUUAAAUAAAAAAGAAUUAGUUGUAGCUACUAAAUGUGAUAUGCUACAUAAAAAUUCUUUAUUCAACUUAGAUUCUUUAUAUUAUCGUUUAAAAAAUAUAUUCCCACAUAUUGAAGUUAUUGGAACGUCUGCAAAAUUUGGAUUAGGUAUAAAAUUACUUAGUAGAAAAAUUAGAGAAAUUAUUUAUCCUCAACAUAUAUUACAAAAUAAAAAAUUAUAUUCAAAACAUAUCGAAGAUUAUAUUAUUCCUACCUAUACUCACUUUAAACAGGGAAGAAUCAAAUUACAAAAUUAUGAGUUGCCAGAAUAUCUCAAGCAUAUAUAUGACCACAAUUAUAUGGAAAAUUUUGAUUAUUUCUUGAAAAAGAAGAAAAAAGAAAAAAAGGUUGAUACAAAACAGUCUGAGGAAUUACAUAUAAAUGAUAAUUAUAAGGAAAACUGUCAUUAUUUGAUUGAAGAUGGGAAAAAAUAA